AUGGAUAGCAUUGAGAAGCCAGUCUAUUACAUCAGUUGCAAAGUCAAUGGUGCCAAGUCGCAAUAUACCCCAAUUGAGAGGCAAUGUUUAGCCUUAAUCUUCACAGCUCAGAAGUUGCGCCACUAUUUUUUUACACACCCGAUCCAGGUUGUGACCCGGAGUGAUCCAUUCUGUUACUUGUUGAGCAAGCCCUCUCUGACAGAAAAAAUGGCAAGAUGGCUUUUGGCUUUAGCAGAAUAUGACAUAAGUUGUGUUAUUCCCAAGGCUAUUAAGAGCCAAGCACUUGCAGACUUAUUGGCCCAAUUUCCAUCUGGUGAACAUGAACCUGCAGAGGUACCUCUACCAGGUGAGGUCCAUGUCUCAGCAGCUGUAGUUGAGACUUAUUGGGACUUAAAAUUUGAUGGAGCUUCCGGAGCUGGGAAGGGUGGAGAUGGCAUAACACUAACCAGUCAAGAAGGAGAGAAGUUUCAUCUAUCAUAUAAGCUUGACUUUGAAUGUUCAAACAACGAGGCUGAAUAUGAGUCGUUAAUACUGGGUCUAAUUGCUGCCCAAAAGAAGGGCCUCCGCAAGUUAAAAAUUUGGGGCGACUCCAAGCUAGUUGUCAAGCAAACAAUAGGUGAUUUCGCCUGA